AUGACCUCUCCAUCUCCCGAAAAUUUUGAUUAUACAAAUAGAUCAGACAGAGGUGAUUAUGCCAGUGAGCAAUCGGAAGGAGCAAGAUCUCCUCUGUCAAUGAGUUUGGGGUUCCUUAAAACUCUCACGGAGAGGAAGUCUACGCGGGUUGAUGGUUCAACACCGAAAAGAAGAGGACCAAAGCCCGACAGUAAACCGGCGUUAACAAGAAGGCAAGAAUUAAAUCGACAAGCUCAGAGAACACACCGAGAGCGCAAAGAACUAUAUAUCAAAGCCCUGGAGCAAGAAGUUUUGCGAUUAAAAGAAAACUUUAGCAACGUAACUCAAAGUAAACAGUCCCUCGCAGAAGAAAAUCGACAACUGAAACAACUUCUUGCACAACAUGGCAUACAGUGGGAUGGCAGCGGAGGAUUCGACGACUUCACAAAUACCCAAAGUCUAGGAUUUAGAUCGAGUGAUAGUCCCGACAGCUAUGUACCGACUUCGUCAUCGACAUUCAGUCCUCCACCUCUAAGCCACUCAUCGAACUCGAAUCCAAAUAGUAUGAAUUACGAUACAGAAUCACCUCAAAUAGGAGGAGCGAACGGGGUUUACAACGGAAAUGAUCGUAGCAUGGCUCAACAACAAGUUCGAGGUGUGGAUUAUGAUCAAGCAGGCAUUGACUUCGUUUUAACACUCGAGAGACCAUGCAUGGAUCACAUGCAGUUCCUAGUUGAACGAUCAAGCGAUGUUGAUGGAGAAUUUUUUUCAGGCCAUGCUUUGAUGGCUACUUGUCCACCAGAAUCUGAUAUGGAUAUGCAUCCACAUAUACCUUUUGGCCAUUGCAUGCCGCAUAAUCAUAAUCAUGAAACGGAUGGAACGGAUGGAGGUCCCCCGAAACAAAAGACCUGGGACUUAAGCAAGAGCGAUUUAGCUAAUCUACUGGAUUUGAGUAAGAGGUUAGAUUUGAAUGGAGAGAUUACCCCGGUUAUGGCAUGGGGUAUGGUGUUGGCGCAUCCAAGAUUUUUAGAAUUGAAAGAAGAAGAUUUUAAGUGCAUGAGUGCGGAGUUGCUACCUAAAGUUAGAUGUUAUGGUUUUGGGGCUGCACUCGAGGAAUUCGAAGUGCGGGAUGCUUUGGAAGCUCUGUUUGGAGCAGAACUAGUUCACAUGUCUUCGAUCUAA